CCCCCGUCCCAUUGCCUCUCAUCGCCCCCCCUCACCCACUUCCAACACUGUCCGAGAUUUGAGUUCAGCCCCUUCAGCCGGAGGCUCGGGUUUAUCUGGAUUCAAAGCGGAUGUCAUUCAGGAGCUGUGCGUCGCAAGGUGAAGGAAGGCUCCGUCGCUGAUACGGGGGGAGCUAACGAGGACCAGGGCACCGGGGUUGCAUUAUUUCCCGCUUCGUAAUCGGAUUUUAGGGGCGAGCGGGAGCCAUGGCGUUAUUCUCUGCUCUUGGGGUGCUCUUACUGUGCCAACUUUUGACAUCCUCUACAGCCCAGAGACCUGGACCAAGAGGGGCAUCUGGGCCCCCAGGACCUCAUGGUCCCCCGGGGAAGGAUGGCACUGACGGGAAAACUGGCCCUGCUGGACUCUCCGGAAAAGCUGGUCCUAAGGGGAAAGCAGGUUUGCCGGGCGGACCUGGGAAGCCGGGACUCCCUGGACUGCCAGGGGUAGAUGGUUUGACCGGCCCUGAUGGCCCCUCGGGGAAGGACGGCCCCCCAGGAGACGCGGGUGAUGCGGGACCCCCUGGGCCAGGUGGGCCUCCUGGCAGAGGGAGAUCAGGAGCUGCAGGGUUGCCGGGAACCAACGGCUUGCCAGGCGGAGUGGGACCACAGGGCCCAGCAGGCUCUGAAGGUCUUGCAGGGCUUGCUGGCCCUGUCGGCGCUGAUGGACCCCCAGGUCUUCCUGGCACUCUUCCUGAUGGCAGUGGGGAUCUUCUGUGUCCCGCCAUUUGUCCCCAUGGCCCGCCUGGUCCUCCUGGGAUGCCAGGAUUCAAAGGACACACAGGCCAUAAGGGAGACAAAGGAGAACUCGGCAAAGACGGGGAGAAGGGUAUCGUUGGCCCGCCUGGUCCUCCAGGUAUUCCUGGUACUGUGGGUCUGCAGGGCCCACGUGGUCUCAGGGGCCUCCAGGGACCAAUGGGAGCUGUAGGAAACAGGGGUCUGACAGGCUUCAGAGGCAAGCCUGGUAUCACAGGCGUCAUUGGAAAGACAGGUGAUGCAGGAGAGAAGGGACCCCAGGGAUUCAACGGACCCAAGGGAGACAUUGGCAAAAUCGGUCCUAAAGGAGGUCCCGGUGGACUAGGACCCAAAGGAGAGCCUGGCAUCCCCGGCAGGGAUGGCAAAGACGGCACCCAGGGACUUGACGGAGAGAAGGGCGAUCCGGGCCGGAACGGGGUCCCUGGAGAGAAAGGGCCCAACGGACUUCCUGGUCUACAAGGAAGGGCUGGAGGAAAGGGGUCUAAAGGGACAGUCGGUGAUGCAGGGAAGAUGGGCGAAAUGGGACCCUCUGGAGAGCCAGGUAUUCCUGGUGACAUCGGUGUCCCUGGAGAGAGAGGAAUGGCUGGACCCAGAGGAGUCGUUGGGGGCAUCGGACCAUUGGGCAACAUGGGGGUUCAGGGAGUUAAAGGCUUCCAGGGAGGUAAGGGAGCUAUGGGAGACCCAGGACUUCCAGGUCCGACCGGUAUCCGUGGAGGAUUUGGUGAGAGGGGCCCCACCGGAGCUUCCGGCCCUAAGGGAGAGAUGGGCGUGGCAGGAAGUGAUGGUUUGCCGGGAGAGAAUGGAGAACCUGGUCCAUUUGGACCAGUUGGUCAUAAAGGAGAGUCAGGAAAGCGUGGAGAGCUGGGCCCUAAGGGCGUGUCGGGGCCACAAGGAGAGCUGGGGGCCAGAGGGGUCCCGGGAAAACCUGGACCAAUGGGCUUCCAAGGAGAACAGGGCCUGCCUGGGAUUGCAGGAAAGAACGGCGUACCUGGUAAACUGACCAGUGAACAGCACAUCAGAGAGCUGUGUGGCUCCAUGAUCGAUGAUCAAAUCGCCCAGCUUGCGGCUAACCUGAGGAGGCCCCUUGCACCUGGUGGGGUGGGCAGACCCGGCCCUGCAGGACCCCAAGGGAUGCCCGGUGAUACCGGCUCCAUCGGACACCCUGGUACCCAGGGACCCCCAGGGUACAGGGGGCUUCCAGGAGACCUCGGGGACAACGGACCCAGAGGUGAAGUUGGUACACAAGGUGACAAGGGCCCUCUCGGCAAAGCUAUCGAGGGGCCGGCAGGAGACCAGGGCUACCAAGGUCUUCCGGGAGUUGCCGGCAUUGUGAAGGACGGGCGUGAUGGCGCCCCCGGAGACCCCGGGGAGCCCGGAGAGUCAGGCCGGGUAGGUAGGACUGGGCACCAUGGCACCCCUGGAAUCUGUGACACAUCGGCCUGCCAGGGCGCCUCGGUGGCCGGGAAAUCCUCCAACCCCAAGAACCAUUAGACGUUACUCUGUUACCCCGAGGCACCGACCCCCCCCCAUUCCACGACGGGGGACCGGAGGAGGACGAGCGGAGAGGAAAAGAGACACGUCGUCACACACAUUCCCUUUAUGCGUUAAUAAUUGAAGACGGGGUUUCGGAGGAAACGAGGGAAACAUCACGAGUGGGAAGAGAACAAAAAAACGCAGCUGAGAGACUAAAAAUAUUGAUCACAUCAAUGAAACAGACAAGAGUGAGACGAGGGUGCAAGACAACACCUGCGGCGCAGCCAUUACCAUCAGCAGAUAACGACAAUAGCCUGACUUCCAAUGACUCAUCAGAAAGUGGCCGUAGUACAUUCAUUUUUCUAAGUUCUUGGUUUGUAAAAAAAAUAACACCAACCGUUAGCCCCCGUUACAGAUGGUGCUCUUCAGCAGUACUGUGAUUGUCCUUUAUGUACAAGUAUCAUGGUCUAUGAAUGGUCAUUCCAGGUACCAUUCCAUUUACCUCAAAAGUCAAGAUACACAAUGUAAUAUAGAGAUUUGUGCCAGUGUUGAGAGGCUAGUCUUGACUAUUUGUAAUUUUGUAACUAAAAUUAAAAAAAAGAAAACCCAAGGCCCAGAAUUUUUGUAUAUUAAUGCAAAAGAUUUCUAACUCUUACUAGUCUUUUUUUGGCAGUCUAGGUUUUUAUGUUUAUGUUUGUUUUAUUACAGCUUUAAGUUCAUACAAUUUCCCUUCAAUCAAGUUUUGAUAUUUAAUUAUCUAGGAUGUGGAUGACGAAUUGAGAUUGAAGAAUUGAUGGAAGUUUUCUUUUUUGAGUUCGCCAAUGACCACAUCCACUAUGUAAUACUGGUGCAAUACCAAUUAAAUAUACAUGCGUUUAAAUAAUAUUUAUUAUUGGUGGGUGACUGUUGUAUGUACAGUAAGAUGCUACAGCGUCAUGUUGUGAGAAAUAACAAAUAAAGCCACUUUUCAGUAAAACAUUA